AGUGAGAAACAGCCACACACGCUGCUGGGCGACACUUCAGGUGGCCUAUUAGGCUUUUUAUUGGGAGGGACGGAACUUCAGGAACAAUUUGCUCCUCUCCUCGUCAUCCUGCUCCUCUCACAUGGAUUUCUCCAGGAAGGGAGUAAGAAGAAUCCGUGCGCGCGCUGUUAUAUCGUCGCUUCAUGUGAAUGGAUGUGGAGGUAGUGUUGUGGUUUUUUUAGUAACAUGGAGGCUGGAAGGGUGUAAGAAGCGGUUUGGAUCACGUUUCGCUCUAGAGAGGCAAGGAAACAAAAGAAGAUGAGAAGUGGACAGCCUUCGUCGUUUUCAGCGCGAGGAUGGGAAUAACAUUCAGGAGAGUCUCUGGCUUGUGCGUCUGAAAGUGUCUUCAUCUCUUCAAAAGCAAAGAGGAAAUAGAGCUUUAUUAUGUUCGCCUCACUUCGCAAAGUGUCCCCUGUUUCUUCUAUGUGCCUGUAGAAGAAGAGGAACAUUAUGGCUCUCCUGGUGGUCCCGCUGCUCCUGCACGCGGGGCUCGUUUUGGGCUCAAACUACGGCUACGUGGAGUGGUCUGACAAUGAGCGAGAGGAGAAGCACCCACCAGUCUUCAGCACCCAAAACAUCAACAGGGAGCCGCCCCACCACCCGACUUACUACCACCCUGUGCCGGCCACUGAGCGCACGGUGGUGGCGCACAAAAUCGAGGAGGACCUGCCGCGGGUGGUGACCGCUUUCCUGCACACUGGGGACUCCUCCGCGCUCAGGCAUGUCAACUGCUCGCGGAGGUACGAGCUGAGCAGCCUACGAGGCGGCCUGCACGUCGCUUCCCACUACUCCCUGCACAGCAUCCUUGACACCGUAGCGCACGCGACAAACUUCCUGAACAUGAUCCUGCAGGCCAACAGGUCCCGCGAGCAAACCCUGCGCAGGGACAUCCACUGGUACCAUGCGCUGGUGCAGAGCAUCCUAGAGGGGGAUCCCAAAAUCCACAGAGCUGUGGUCACCUUCCACGAGGACGCCCCGACCCCUGGACCGCACAUUUUCCUCCAAGCGACCAGAACUGACAAAGAGGUGGUGCUGCAGGAUUUAUCCAUCUCCGCGCACCGUCUCUUGAGGAGCAGGAGUCCGGAGUCUGAGUGGUUUAACGAGUUCAGGGACGGCAGGAGACCACACAUGCACAGGAGACUCCCGGAAAUAGUUGGCUCCCACAGUGGCGGUUACCUUCUGGAGAAAAACCAGAUCAAGUGGUCUGCGCCGUACCUGGAGUGUGAGCACGGAGCGUUUGUGCCACAUUGGCUGCUUACCUUGUCUGCUGGCUUCUAUGGACUGAAGAGUAACUCUGCUCCGGAGUUCAGGGGGGUCGUCCGGGUGGAUGUGAACCUGCAGGAUGUGGACAUUGAUCAGUGCUCCACCAGCGGCUGGUUUGCUGGGACUCACCGCUGUAAUCUCACCAGUAUGGAAUGCACUCCCAUCGUGGGCCAUGGAUUUGUGUUGGACAAGUACAAGUGUCAGUGCAGGAGAGGAUUCUACCACCCAAGCCGAGUGGCGCUCAAUGGCUUCAAAAGUAAGGAGCUGGGCUCAAACAGAGACGAGACCUCAGACGUGUCCACUAAGUGUAUGCCAUGUCGAGAAGGCUGUCCGUACUGCCGAGACGACACGCCCUGUCUGGUACAGGAGGAUGGAGCUCUGCGACUCUCUGUGGCCUCCUUCCAGGGUCUGUGCAUGGUGCUGGACCUGGCCGGCAUGGUGGUGGUCUACCACUUCAGGAAGAACAAGAGCAUCCGCACAUCCGGUCUCAUUCUCUUGGAAGCCAUCUUGGUAGGGGCUUUACUGCUCUACUUCCCGGUGAUGAUCCUGUACUUCCAUCCCAGCGUGUUUCGGUGUAUCCUCCUGAGGUGGGUCCGUCUGCUGGGAUUUGCAGUCAUGUACGGCACCAUCAUCCUGAAGCUCUACAGGGUGUUAAAGGUGUUUCUGUCUCGUACGGCUCAGAGGACGCCUUACAUGACAAGCUGGCGGGUGCUGCGGCUUCUCCUGGUCAUCCUGCUGGUGGUGCUGUGGUUCCUGGUGGCCUGGACUUCCGCUGUAUGCCAGAAUCCGGAGCUGAGUCAGGCCCUGAUCGCCGUAGGCCUGACCCCUGAGGGUCUGCAGUUCAGCAUGUGUCUGCUGGACCGCUGGGACUACAUGAUGGCAGUCGCUGAGUUUCUGUUCCUGCUGUGGGGCGUGUACCUCUGCUAUGCUGUCCGUACCGUACCCUCUGCUUUCCAUGAGCCACGUUACAUGGCUGUGGCCAUCUACAAUGAGCUCAUCAUAUCAACCAUCUUCUACAUCAUAAGGUUUUCUCUGGGGCCAGGUCUGCAUCCUGACUGGAUGCUCAUGUUAUUCUUUGUUCACACUCACCUGACUGUGACUGUGACUCUGGGUCUGCUGCUCAUUCCAAAGUUCCUGUCCAAAGGGACCCAGGCCAGGGAUGAUAUUGCCACUGAAGCCUACGAGGAGGAGCUGGACAUGGGCAGAUCUGGCUCCUACCUCAACAACAGCAUCACCUCCGCCUGGAGCGAACACAGCUUGGACCCUGAGGAUAUCCGGGAUGAGUUAAAGAAGCUUUAUGCCCAGCUAGAAGUUCACAAACGUAAGAAGAUGCUGGCCAACAACCCUCACCUCCAAAAGAAACGCAACUCUAAGAAAGGUCUGGGUCGUUCUCUGAUGAAGCGGAUAACAGAGAUCCCAGAAACGAUGCAUCUACACCGGCAGUGCAGCCGCGAGGAUGGUAGUGAACACGGCAGCAACCGCAGCACCUUGAAGAGAAACCCAUUCGAAGCGAGUCAUCAUGGCAAACCUCGGGAUGAUUCCCUGAAGAACAAAGUCAUGGGCUUGACAAAGUCUCUGAGCUAUGACCAUGUUUGCGAUCAAGAUGAUGAAACAGGAAGCCACACUGGCUCUACUGCAGGAGACAAAAUGACGCCUGUGGGAGGUGGCGGGGAAGGAUCUCUCCUGGGUUCCCUGAUUGGACGGAAACAUACUAAGAAGCAGCUCGAACCAGCGACGCCACCGAGACUGGAGCCAGGUGAGUCCACCGAGUCCGUUCCACUGUUCUGGAAAUCAGCCAGCGUUCACAACUUAACUCACGAGAAGAGGCCCGUGCACCUGCGGACCUCCAUCAUGCAGAAGUCUCUGAGCGUGAUUUCAAGUGCAAAGGAGAAGAUGCCGGGGCUGACCAAUAAGACUCAGAGUGUGGAGGACGCCAGUAAGAAAGGUCUGAAGGGUCAGGAGGAGAGGAUGCUGUCGGGAGUGGAUGAGACACCUGAGCAUUACCCGAAGAUGAUCAUCAGCCAGUCAGUGGAGUACUCCAAGACACCUAUGAAGAUGGGCAUCAUGAAACAGCAGGUGAGUGGCAGUCAGCCAUCCAUUUGCUCUGAGACCGGUAGGAAUCUCUAUGAUGUGUCUGAAGUUUGUCCCUGGGAGAUGGAUGAACCUCAAACUCCCUCUGAAGGAAAGACCCAGAAACACGUCUCCAUCGCUCCGGUAGAACCCACCUCAGGCCGGAGAGGAAGCAGCAGCUCUGGGAUCUCCAAAAGUAGCCGGUCCCAGCAGAGGCAGAAAGCAGGCCAGUCCCCCUCCAACAGACGCCGCUCCAAAGACAAAGGAGGAGAGCGAGAAGAGGGCAGGGAAACUCGCAAAGCUCGUCCCCCCAGGUCGCCUCUCCCUCUCAAACCAGAUGUCUGCCCCUGGGAUUUUGAAGAGCAGCCCAUGCUGGCAGGAGAUUUAGAUUCUAUCUCCCCAGACCGGAUCAGGCGUAAGAAAAGUGUCACGCCCACUGAUGGGAAACCCAAGGGGCUCCACUCAGACCACUCCAAGUCCACUGGGAGUCUUUUGCAGCCUCCUUCCCUGAUGGUAGAGAUCUGCCCAUGGGAUUACAAUGCUCCCCCCUCACCUAAGCAAGAGAAGUCCUGCAACAGCCCCACCACACACAAGAAGAAACGGAAAGGAUCCUGCUCGUCCAACCACAAAGCCGAGAAAGAUAAGGGGAGGGAGAAAGGCAGAGAAAGAAGAAGCUCCUCCAGCAAACCGCAGUCGGAGAGGAGGCGUGUAAGCCAGUCAUCGGAGUGCAGCAUGGCAGCUUCUGAGCGAAGGAGAAGCUCCACCAGAGACCCAGAGGCGAUGGAGAUCAGAAGGGCAGAGAUUUACUCCCGGGAGACAGAGCCCUCUCACACCAGCUUUGCUCAGACUAAAAAAUCCCCUGAGAAGAAAAAGGAGAGCUCUCUGAGUACUAGUUACAAACCUGCAGUCAGCAGCGCAGGGAAAACUGAGGAUGUUUGCCCCUGGGACUUUCAGGAGCAGGACUCAGGAGGAAGGGCAUGAUGAGCAGUGUGAUGAUUGUACUUUUUUUGUAUUCACAGACUGACAGCAAAGAGGACAAAGAAAAGCAACAGAGUGAAAAAGAUGUCACACUGAAUUAGAUAAAAAAGUUUUCCUGCCUGUGACCCAAGUGAAAAACAGAUUUGUCAAGACAGAACAUUUAUUCUGCUGUCCAUUGAUGCAAUUCAGUGAAACUUCCCAUUGUAACAUUGCAGUGAAUGCUACCUUGAAGUCACUUUAAAAUAAUUUGUAGUCUGCACUUCUGCUUGCACAUUUGUCAAAGUUACAUUGUAUGUCCGUUUUUUAUAUCACAUUGAGUUGAUCAAAAUAAUCAGAAAAUUAACCGUACCUGUUUUUACCAGCAGAUCAGACAGCUGUCAAAAAUACAGGAAAUUCUUCACCUGAUAAUGAAAGUUUCUUUUUACGACCAUGGUGUUCUUCAUUUUUAGUAAGACAUUGGAGGCUAAAAUUAACAUUGUAUGUUUGUGUUCAUCACUUUGACUUUACUUAAGUGAACAGAAAAUGAGUCAUAACUUUACCAGCAGAUAAGACAAUUGAUUGUCACAAAAUGCCUAAUGUCUCUUGUUAUGCUGAUGAUAUUCUACGUUACGCAGAGUGUCAUGGAGACUCAAAGUUACAUAACUUUUACAUUUAAUCUCUCAAAGUACACUUUGUCAAUUAAAAAUGAGGUCUACCUGUGUUUUCAGGAUAUCAGACAAUCAUGGACAGGAAUAUACAGUGACAAUUAGGGAUGGGGGUUGAAUCCAGUUCUUUAAAGGACAUGGUUCUAAAUUUUCCAAAACGUGAAAUCAAUGAUGUUUGAGCUUAUCAAUUCUGCUAUCAAGUCUUGUAGAUGCUAUAACUUAAAAAUAUCCCCUGAGUUCAAUUCUGGUAGUCGGUUGCUUGAAAGGAUGGCUGAUUGUGCAAAUUUGGCUUCAUUUUUUACCAACAAAAAAGAUACGGAGGAGGCACAACCAAUCCUACUACUAGUGCUGCCGCUGCAGUGGGAUAGUUACCUUCCUCCAUCAUUUAAAGCAGGUGAACACAAAGCUGGUAAGUGUACCCUAACUUUGUAGUAAGUCCCAUUAUUAUCAUUACCUUAUUUAUAUAAAAUAAUGAUAUUAACUACUUUAUACGACUCUAAUCCAAAAAAAAAGUUGAAACAUUGAAUAAAAUGUUAACAAAAACUGAUUUUGAUGGUUUACAAUUAGUCAAACCCUUUAUUUAAUUGAAAACUCUGCGAAAACCACAUCUCAAUACUGUAACAAAAAUAAUUAAUUUUAAUUGAAAAUAUGUGCUAAUUUAAACUUUGAUACCAGCAACACACUUCAAACAACAUCCAUGAUUUAGAAAAAUAACAUCCAGUUUUGAUUCAUCAGACCACAGGACAGUCAUCCACUUCACCUCAUUCUACCUUAAAUGGGCUCAGGCCCAGAGAAGUCACAGGCGUUUCCAGAUCAUGUUUAUAAAUAGUUUCCUUUUUGCAUGGUGCAGUUUUAACCUACAUUUGUGGAUGCAGCAACAAACUGUGUUCACAGACAGUUCACAGUUUUUGGAAGUGGUUUAAGCCCAUGCAGAGAUUUCCACUACAGAGUCAUACUGUAUCUGUAUUUAACGUAUCUGUAUUUAACCUCUGGGCCUGCAGAUCACGGCCAACCAGUGUUGGUUGUUUGCCUUGUCCCUUUUGUGCAGAGUUUUCUCCAGAUUUUCAGAUUUGUUUGAUAAUAUUAUAUACCCAAGUUGAUGAAAUCCCCAAAUUCUUUGCAAUUUCACACUGAGGAACUUUACUCUGAAUGCACCAUUUCUCAGCACAGUCUCUCGGAGUGGUAAACCUCUCUUCAUUGUAACCUCUGAGCAGCAAGGAGGACUUGAGUUAGAGAUUUGGUCUUGGGUCGCACUUAAAUUGCACUCUAACAAGACUUGAGACUUGACUUGGACUUUCCCCUCAAAGACUUGAGACUCGACUUGAGACUCGAGCUUUUUAACUUAUGCCCAAUCUUUUUAUUUUGUAUUUAUGGACCGCUAACAUUACAAUGUUAAUUUUAUUCCCUUUAGUGUUGUGUGACCUUCUGCAUCUGGUGCUCAAGCUGAAAAACUCCACAGGUAACACCAUGGUGAGCACAUCACCUACAGCUGCCACAGUGCAGUGUUUCCCACACAAAAACCAUUAAUGGACAGGCUGCUCAAGCAUAUUUAUAGACCAGUUUACUACUUUUGUAUCUGUAUAAGAUCAAUGUCCAUGAUCAAUAAGUGAGCGGUCUCUCCUCACUACGUACACCUUACUUUAUAUUUUGAUUAGCUAUAUGUGUGUGUGUGAAGGGAGGUUCUUAUAACACAUUUGUUUUGAAGAUGUUAAGGUUAUGAGUUUUCCAAAAGUAGAGGCUAGCUGACUGACAGACGGAAACACUGUAGCUGUUAGUCAGGAGGCUAAUGGCCCAUCUUGACUCCAUCUCUUUGCCUCUUGCUAGUUUGACCGUUAGGUUGAAUCAUCAUUUCUGAUAUGGUGACCAUCAUUGUUGGGCUUUAAAACUCUGCUUCAGAAGCCAAUGAGUGACAUCACUGAGACUAAAUCCAUGUUUCAGACUGUCUAUAAGGAAACACUGUGCGGUCAGCACAAUAAAUAUCAGGCAAAACUGAAUGAAAUAUCGUCAAUGUAAGCAACACCAGUUUUUAUAAAAAUGUUUUUUUGUCCCAUCUUUCCACCAAAUAAUAGACUAGAAUCGAUAGCGGAAUUGAUAAGGAGACUGAGUAUCAGUAUCAAUGAAAAUUAAUGAUCUCAUCCCUAUUAACAGUUUCACCUAAUGAGCUAAUUGAAUGUUAAUGAAUGUUUCUUGUUAUGCUGACGACGUCCCAUAAUACGCAGAAAACGAGUGCAGACUCUUUGCAUCAGUUACUGAUGAUGAAACCAGUAGGUAGCAGAAAUAAAGGAGCUAAAGAAAAAAUUAAAUGAGUUCUGAAAAGCAAGACCAAAGCCCCAGACACAGCUGGUAAGUCUAGACUUCAGGCCAGAUACAGACUUAAUCACAAAAUUAGGAUGCGUUCGAUUAGUACAACAUGGGAAUCACAAAGGAUUGAGGUAGAGCUCCAUUUCAAAUUUAGAAAAUCAAUGUUUUAGUUUGAGUUCUCAAUAUACAGUGUUGUUCUAAAAUCCCAUUGCAUGUGGCAAUCAAGCAUCCAAUAACUAAGUGUUGAUUGGUUUACGUGUACUAAAAAUAUGACAGUGGUACUGUUGGUGUUGUUGCCUAUGGUAUUUGUCUUAUGUCACACAUCAUGCUGUGGAAACGAAGUGCAUUGCAAUCAAUAAUGUGCACACAUACUUGAAAUGGCUUGCGGAUACAGUUCGGCUGAAUGAAAAAAAAGCUGUAUGAGUCUAUUGAUAUUUAUUUACUGUUUAUAUUCUUGCCCUGGAUGUCUCCUCUUUGACAUCUGGGUAUUUCCACAUGGCAAAAAAAUGUCCUGAAUUCUUUCAAGGACCAACACGAAGCCUGACUCGGGGGAUGAUGUGAAUAAUACAUUUUAUUUCUGUCACUUAGUUGACCAUUUUGCAUCUGCUUGAAUGCAUCUUCCUUCUUAUCUUUGCACAUAUUCAAUCAUUAAAAGCACAACAUGCAUGACCAAAGCUUUUUUCCCCCCACUCUCUAGCUACAGAAGUGAUUGAUUUACCAUUUCAGCAUCAUGUCCUUCAAAAACAAUUACAUCCACCACCAGUGAAAUCUAAUGUAACACACAGUCACACACAGAAGUCAGCUCAGCUUUAUUACAGUUGUGUGUGCAUGGCAGUGAAAAUAUGGGGCAAUGGCACUUACAUUCACCAGAAGGCUUAAAAAAAAAUGUUGCAUAUUUAACGAAAAGCUUAAAAGCACAUGGGAUUUUCAAAUCCAGAUGUCAGAUGUUGUCAUGUGUUUAUCGAGCGUUAACUUUCUGUUCAAAAGAAACUGUUUUGCUCAUCAAGCAUUCAGAAAACAACAUUCAAAAAGGGAAAAGCUUGAUAAAUAAACAUGACCCACCACUUGAACUUUCACAACGUUUUUUCUAUCGAUGGUUUUAGUCAGUUUGAAAAGGAAUGUUGUAACUUGCCCACUAAAUGUAGUUAGUGCUUGUAAUACUGUAAAGUGUUGCUCCAAAAAAGUUACACAAUGCUGUAGCAUCCACGUGGGAGUAUUUCUUAUUGUACAUUCAUGUUGUGUUGCAUGUACAAACAGAAAAUACCCUGUGCUCAGUUCUGGAUUAAACCUUUCUAUGAAA